AUGAACUGGCUUAAGUCGACCUUGUCCGCGGCCGUGGGCACGCAAGAACCCAUCUAUGGCCCUGAAGCCAUUCAGUCCGUCGCCCAGCAGGCCGGCGAGACUCCCCACACUGUCAUGACCAAGGACGCCUUGAAAUGGAAGGCUUACCAGUACACCAAUGUCGAGACUGCUACCUUCUACAUCAUGGCCGACAGUGGCGAUUUGGUCAUGGUCCAGGUCAUCUACAGCAACAUGGCUGGUAUCCAUACUACCGCGCACUUCAAUACGAAGAUCUUCAACCUCAAGGGCGAUGGCCCUCACGUCUGGAACACCAACCCCCUGUCCAAUUUCAUGUUCGACGAGGGCAUGCACUCCUUCGGCGCCGAUAACUUGACCAUCACUCUCAACGAGGAGGGUGAUGCAUACCACAUCAAGUCUACCGUCAACCCCGACAGCAUCGUGGACCUCAAGUUCACCCGGAAGGCUCCCGGCUUCGUCGUCGGAAAGAACGGUACUUCCUACUUUGGCACUGACCCCAAGAACCCCUGGGGCUCCAUGUUCCACGGCUUCUGGCCCCGCUGCGCCGUCGAGGGUUCCAUCAUCACCAAGGAGAAGACCUACAAUCUGGACGGCCGCGGAGUGUUUAUCCCCGCUUUGCAGGGCAUGAAACCCCACCACGCUGCUGCCCGCUGGAACUUCAUCAACUUCCAGACCCCCACCUUCUCUGCCAUCAUGAUGGAGUUCACCACUCCCCCCUCCUACGGUUCCACCAAGGUUAACGUCGGUGGUCUUCUGAAGGACGGCGAGAUCAUCUACGCCGGUGCCGAUAACACCUGUACCCACAUUACCUCGGAGCAGGAUGCCGAGAGCCAGUGGCCCGAGCCUACCUCCAUCAAGUGGACCUGGACCGGCAAGACCGCCGACGGCCAGGAUGUCACCGCUGAGGUCGACGGUCCUCUCGGCAAGCGCCUCGAUCGCGUCGACGUUAUGGGUGAGGUCCCUGGAUUUAUCAAGGCCAUUGCUGGCAGUGUCGCCGGUGCCAGGCCCUACAUUUUCCAGUUCUCUCCCCAGGAGAAGCUGAAGCUGAAGCUGAAUAUUGGUGGGACUGAGACUAUUGAGGAGGGCACCAUGUUCUCUGAGUCGACCUUCAUCUCGUAA